GUAAUACAGCAAAUAUUAUUGUAUGUGCUGUAAGUAAAUACAAUAAUAUUUACUUACAGCACAACAGUAUACCAAAUAUUAGUAGUUGGGUAUUGGUAGAUUAAGUGCAGUUUUUAGCACCCAUGUGUUCUGUGUUGCUUUUAUUUUGAUUUUCACAAAUUUGUGCUAACAUCUAAACUUCACUUUGUCUUUCACUCAACCAUGUCUUCGUCUUUUGUAAAACACGAUUAUAGACUUCCAUACUGUAUACAUACGUAUUUACAGAAAAUAUUUUCCAACAAUUCUUUUCUAUAAUUAGACUUAAGUGCACACGUAAUAAAUAUCUUGUUUAUGUGAACAAAAGUGCCGAAUAACAUGCCAGAACUCCUGUCCUGUCUCCAAUUCCAAGCAGCUAAGCUUCGCUGCCAACUAUCACGUUUUAAUUUGAAAACGUUAUUGUUUUAACAAUGCACUUUUUACGUUUUCCAUACAAUAUAUGAGGUUAUUACGACAUACAUAUUUAUCACGUUACAAUGAGAGCCCUAUAGAGAAAAUGGCUCUCGUUAUAAAAAAAACAUUAAAUUUUGACGUUUAUACACGUGAUCAUUUAUUAUGCCAACGUCGAAAAUAUAUCGUUAAAACAACACAACCUGCCUGACUGCAGUUCAGGAGGUCUACGCUUGCGGUUCAACCCUGGUUUUCCCGUGAUGACUAACACCAACUAACACGGGAUGUCCGCACGGAAAAAACAAGCGCAUCUUAGCAUGACGUAGGCAUCUUUGUUUACUGGGCGGGCCAGCCGGGUCUUUGUCUGCUCCUUCGCCCAUGGACGUUGAUGCUAAGCCUCAUUCUCACAGUUUCAGAUACAGCCUCCGUUACCCCAGCAUUGGCCAGUGCAUCAUCAUCAACAACAAGAACUUUGACAGGCGCACAGGUAUGAAUCAACGAAACGGCACUGACGUUGAUGCAGCCAAUGUGUGUAAAGUGUUUACGAAGUUGGGCUAUGCAGUGAAGAUUUACAAUGAUCAAACAACCGAUCAGAUGAUGAAGAUUUUAAGUGCAACAUCUAUGCACGAUCACAGCAACUCCGCCUCGUUCGUCUGCGUUCUGCUGAGCCACGGUGAUGAAGGCGUGAUCUUCGGUACCGAUGGCCCGGUGCAGCUCCAGAGCCUUACCUCAUUAUACCGAGGCGAUCGCUGUAAAACUCUGGUGGGAAAACCCAAACUUUUCUUUAUCCAGGCGUGCAGAGGCACCGAUCUUGAUCCGGGUGUUGAAGCCGACAGUGCAGACGAAACCGCAAAGAUCCCUGUGGAAGCAGACUUCCUCUACGCCUUCUCCACUGCGCCAGGCUAUUACUCCUGGAGGAACACAAUGACAGGCUCUUGGUUUAUCCAGUCGCUGUGUGACAUGAUCAGCAAAUACGGAAGGGAACUGGAGCUUCUGCACAUCAUGACACGAGUAAACCACAAGGUGGCAGUAGAGUUUGAGUCUGUGUCCAAUUCAUCAGGGUUUAAUGCCAGGAAGCAGAUCCCAUGCAUUGUAUCGAUGCUGACCAAAGAGAUGUAUUUCUGCCCUUGAUGUUGAAUUCACAGCAGAGACCUGAGCUUGGCAGACGUGAUUACAGAUUGGGUUGUGCUUUUCCACAUGAUUUCAGGUGAAAAUUACACUUCUUGAGAGAAAAUGUGAUACUUCAGGAUACUUUUAAUUUAAUAGGCUUGGCAUUAUAGGUUUCUCACUUUGUGUUGUGUAUGUCUGACAUGAAUAGUGUUCAGUAUUUUAUAUCACAUGUGCCUGUUUUUUUUUUAUUAUUAUUUUGUUUUUCAGAAUUUCUAUAAUUAUUUUUUAAAUCGUUUUCAGGCUAAACUCAAACAACAGGCAUCUAGUUUCACUCUACCUUGUACCUUUAAACAAACCAAUUUCAUAUUUAGUCACUGAGUUUCGGUAAAUUUCUUUAGGCAGUUAAGCGUUCUGAAAAGUCAUGGAGAUGAGCAUAAAAACACUUCCUUUAUAAAUAGUUUUCUCAAACUUUUAUACUGCAUCCUAUUUUGACUGAUUGUGGUUCUGAUCUCAGAUCAGGCCUGUCUGCUCUUAUAAGAGAGGAUGGAGUUUGCUCCUUGAUCAGGGAAUAACAAUAUUGGGAAAUAGGAGUGUUAUUAAGUAAUGGGAUACAUUUAGUUAGCAUUGCAAGAUUAUUUGAAUUCAUCCACAAUAAAGGAAGGAAUGAAUGGCUUUUAUUAGAUCAUGUCAGCCCAUCUCGGUAGUAUUUAAGUUCAGACUUUGACUAUGCCAAUGCUGACUGAUGGCUAAACUUUUAUUUUAUUUUUUUAUUAAAAAGCAGAAUUCAUCACUCAGUAACAGUUAUCCGGGUCCCGAAGCAGUCCCAGACCAUCACACUGCCACCACAGUGUUUCACUGUGUGUUCAAUGUCCUUUUUUGCUAGUUUUACACCAGAUGUCACACAAUACACAGCUCUUUCAAAAGCAUUCACUUUGGUCAGAAUAUUUUUCCAACAGUUUCAUGGAUCAUCGAGAUGUCUUUUUUUUUUUUUGGGGGGGGGGGGUUUUGGGGGGGGGGUCAUAAUUAUGGAAUCAUGACCUCUGAUCUUAGCAGGGGCGGGAAUGCUUGCAGGUCUUCAGAUGUUCUGGGUUCUUUUUGACCUCCUAGAUGAGCCGUUAAAGCGUUGUCAUAGUAACUUUGGCUCUAACUGUAGUUUGAUCUCAUUAUUCAGUGAGACUAUCAGAUGGUGGAAGUAAACCCAACAGAGUGGUUAGCUAGUUAACUUAUGAUUUAAGUGGUGUAAUUAUAAACUGUAUUUCAUACUCAGUAGAAUUAUCUUUGCCAGCACAAUCUGCUUUAAAUGAGUCCAAAUUCAGUAAAACUCUGUAAAGGACGAAUGUUUUUUCAUGACACUGUAUGCUCUAUGUGGCCAUCAAGACCAAGAAACUCCAACUGACCAGUUCUCAGUGAUCUUUGCAACUUUACUGUUUACACUCUACACAUUUCAGGGAAAUGCCCUUUUCAGCCAGCUUGACUGUUUUUGUACUUUUCUAAUCAUGAAACUGUCGAAAUGUAUCUGCGCACAAUCAGAUUCUGAAAAGGCGGCAGGUAUUUUCAAAGCUGUAUUCUCUGUUUCACCAGACAUUAAAUUGAACAACCAUACUGCCAACAAUAAUGUGAAAGCAUCGCCAGGCUUUUGGUGGAUAAUGUGUAACAUAGCCAGGAACGGCAUGUGAGCUGUAACAAAGCUCGCAAAUGGGGUUGUCUUUUAUUUUCAGACUUUUGAUUCGUUCUGAUCUUUUUUUUAUUUUUGGGUAAAUUCAAACUGCUGACUUGAGAAAGUGUUUCAUUCCCAAACAAAGUUUUUUUUUUUUCUUAUAAUGAAAUUUACUUGGACGAAAUUGACAGAGUCUGUGCUCUGGUUCAAAUGUUUCUUUAAUUGCUUACAGAAGCUAUGGAAGCCAUUCACUAAAUGUUGUGAUAAUAGCUUUCUUGCCUUAAAACCUUUUGUACCAGUUUAUUUAAAUUAUCUGAGCAAAACAAAUCUAUUUAGGCCUCAUGAAGGGAAACCGUCAGAUUGUUGUACUUCUAUCGUUUUUCUAGGUUCUCGUAAAUUUAAACGUUUGCACACUCUGGUUUCAGUAAGUUCUCUUUUGUGAGAAUCCACUUACAAUAAUAACUUGUUUUAGUUUCUUCAAUGUUGAAAGGUGGACAAUUUUUACAUUUGCAAUAUACAAUAUCACUGUUUAUCAGCAGCUACAUCAUGAGCUUGAUGGAAUGUUUUUGUUCUUCUAAAUAAACUCUUUCACUCAGA